AUGUGCUCAGAAACAUUGAAUGGUUUUACAUAUUACAGCUCUAAACUUACGCUGCAUCACACUCUAACAUACUCUUGUUGUGUUUCAAAACUGCAGGUAUCAUUCCAUGGGUUUCCCAAGACGCCAUCUCUCCAAAAUGACUGGAUCAUUGCUGUGAAGAGGGCCCCGCCUUUCAACUUCGCAGGGGCAAAAGUUUGCUCAAGACAUUUCACUGCAAGAGAUUUCGUGUGCAAUGUUGCAAACGGCAGAAAAAUGCUCCACACUAAUGCCGUACCAUCUGUCUUCGCUUUUAAGAAGCCAUCAAAACAACGGAAGGCACCGAAGGUUCGGGAAGCCCUGAAGAAGGUAUGCCAUCCUCCACAACUGCAAGCCGAAAGAGCAAGUGCACCCAUUGACGAGGCCCCUGAGGACAUCAGCAUGGAACUCGAAGACGACACUGAAAACGUUCAAGCACAGCAGAUACAUCCAGGAGGUGCUCUACAGAAUGUAAACACAGAAAAUGAAAGGGACAAGGAGCUGCAGAAACUGCGAAGGCACAUUGCCUGCCUUGAGCAAGAACUUCUACAGGUGAAGAACAAGAACUACAGACUCGAAGAAGAAAAACAGCUGCUCAAGAUAUCAUGCAACAGCAUGACGGCCAAGCUGAGGAGUCCCCUUGACAAGGCAAAAAACAGCAACGACGACUUUCUUUUUUAUACUGGACUCCCAAGCUACAAGGUUUUUCAAGCCUUGUUGAAGUAUUUGGACCCCGGAGUGCAGGGAAGCCACAUACAGUACGGAACGUCGAGCGACGCAGUGACACAGAAUCGUUGGCCACCGUUACUCACAGUGGAGGAACAACUCUUCCUCACUCUAGCUAAGCUAAGGUUGGGUUUGUUCGAAAAGGACCUGGCCAACAGAUUUAACAUCUCUCAGAGCACAGUGAGUAGAAUAUUUUCAACGUGGGUGAACUUCUUGUUCCUGAGGCUGUGUGAACUGCGCUUGUGGCAGUCAAGAGAACUGAUCAACAGAAGAAUGCCUGAGGAGUUCAAGAGGUGUUACGGGUGUAUUUCUGACAAAGAGUUAGUGAAGAAGAGUGGGUUUCUGGAUUUGCCCUUUGAUGACAAUGAUUCUGUCAUGGCCGACAAAGGCUUUAAGAUCAGUGACUUGCUCCAGCCUCUGGGGGUGCGACUAAACCUCCCACCAUUUUGCUCUUCCAAUCACGCUUGGUCCACUUGCAAACCAAGUGUGGACCAUUUGUUGUAUACUUUCUAA